AAUUGCUGUUUUAUCGGAUGGCGCAUGUGUGUUUUUGUAGGGUGUGCUGCGGUUUGCCGUGUCAGACUAGAGUACGUGGCCGUCGCCAUUUUAGGGGAGGUGAGCGGUGUGUGCACCAAAAUCAGCCUAAAGUCGGUUUCUUCUCUCUCCCCCCGACAUCGUUAUAACCAUGGUCCUGUUGGCGGCUGCAGUUUGCACCAAGUCCGGGAAAGCCAUAAUUUCCCGGGAGGUUGUCGAGAUGACGCGAUCCCGCAUCGAGGGUUUGCUGGCUGCGUUUCCCAAGCUGAUGAACACGGGCAAGCAGCACACGUUUGUGGAGACGGAGAGCGUUCGCUACGUCUACCAGCCGCUGGAGAAGCUGUACAUGCUGCUCAUCACCACCAAGAACAGCAACAUCCUGGAGGAUCUGGAGACCCUCAGGCUCUUCUCAAGAGUGAUUCCUGAGUACUGCAAAGUGAUGGAGGAGUCAGAAAUAGUGGACCAGUCCUUCCCUCUCAUCUUUGCCUUUGAUGAGAUCGUUGCCCUUGGUUACAGAGAGAAUGUGAACCUGGCCCAGAUCAGAACCUUCACAGAGAUGGACUCUCAUGAGGAGAAGGUGUUUAAGGCUGUCAGAGAGUCUCAAGAGCGUGAAGCCAUCCAGGAGAUGAAGAAGAAAGCCAAGGAGCUGCAAGCUGCGCGACGAGAGGCGGAGAGGACCGGGAAGAAGACUCCAGGGUUCGGGGGCGGGUUUGGAGGCGGUUCUCGCUCAUCAGGGGAAUCGGUUCCCGUCAUGGCUGAUGACUACAAGCCUGAGCCAUCCAAACCUACAUACACAGCACCCAAACCCAGCCCAUCAGGCCGAGCCAUGAAGCUGGGUAGUAAGGGAAAGGACGUGGACCACUUUGUGGACAAGCUUGUGUCCGAAGGCCAGGAGGUGGCCAGCACUAAGGCAUCCAGGCAGUCGGCUCAGGCUGCUAAAAUAGCCACUCCUGCUAUUCACACAGAAAGUGUUCAUCUGCGCAUUGAAGAGAAGGUGACCCUGACAGCCAGACGAGAUGGUGGCCUGGACAACAUGGAGAUCCACGGCAUGAUCUCACUGCGCAUAUCUGACGAGCAGUAUGGCAAGAUCAUCAUCGCUGUAGAAAACCAGGAAGCCAGAGGAGCACAAAUACAGACACAUCCCAACGUGGACAAGAAGCUGUUCCAGUCGAAGUCCGAGAUCGGCCUGAAGAAUCCCAACAAACCGUUCCCCAUCAACAAUGACAUCGGGGUGAUGAGAUGGAGGCUGCAGUCCAGCGACGAGUCCCUCAUGCCCUUGUCAAUAAACUGCUGGCCCACUGAGAGUUCAGACGGAUGUGAUGUUAAUGUGGAGUAUGAGUUGGAGCAGGAGCAGCUGGAACUGAAUGAUGUCGUCAUCUCCAUUCCUUUGCCGUCUGGAGGUGGAGCGCCUGUUGUGGGGGACCUGGAUGGAGAGUACCACGUGGACAGCAGGAGAGGCAUGCUGGAGUGGAGGCUACCGGUCAUCGACGCCUCCAACAAGUCGGGCAGCCUGGAGUUCAGCUGUCACGGCCACUCCGACGACUUCUUCCCAGUCUCCGUCUCAUUUGUAUCCACCAAGUCUUACUGUGAUGUCAUGGUGAGUGGAAUAAGGAUGGUGGACGGUGGCCAGCCAGUCAAGUACUCAUCAGAUACAGCAUUGCUUGUGGAGAAGUACGAGAUACUUUAACAUGGCAGAAUGGAUGGUUGGGGCACAACAGGGGGAGGGGGGACAGCAUCCAUCAAAGUCUUCAAUUAGAAUGAUAAAAAAAAGUACUUUCGGGCCUGAUUGUAAAUGUUUCAAAUUUGUAAGGGAAACUGUAACAGGACAAGAAGAUGGGGAGGGAAAAUGGAAAAACGUGUCACAUCAAGAACAUGGUAUUGUUAAUAUACAGUUAUGUAGUCAACCUGAAGAACUCUUCAGCUGUUUCCAUAUGUAGUCAGUAUUAGUAUCAUUGACUCUAUCAGGGUAGUAUAUUUCCAUGUGUAUCUCUGUCACAUCAGUAUGUGAAGGCCUCUUUUUACAUUGUGUAAAGAAGUAAUGUUUACAAUGCAUUCCAUCAGACUUAUUAAAAUGACUGUAACGUUACACAGUACAAACUGCAGUGGAUCUUCCGAGUGCAAGACUUUUUGCUUCAGACAUGGGAAUCCUUGUAACAAGAUGAUUUGAACUUUCUGAUAGGAAAAAGGUCUUUGCAUCACUGAUACUGUACCAACACUAAUGGUAAAUUGAGAUAGCAAACUGAGAAACAAAACUCAUGCAAGUUUACGUUCUUGAUUCAACUGUGACUUGAUACCAUGUUCUUAAUUUAUUUUGUCCAAAAUUUGUAUUGUGACACAUCCUUGGUUUGAAUUUCAAACACUGUUUUACAUGUAACAGUAUGAUGAAUGGGUCAGAAGAGUGAGAGAAUUGGGGAGAUGAAAGAAAUCGUAGAAAUAUGAAUAAAACCAAGAGUAAAUAUAGUGUUAAAUGCAUUGUUCAUGUUUCAUUCUGACAGUUGUGGCCCACACUCUGAGACAAAUAAUGUUUUAAGUGGCAAUAAGAUAUAUUAUCUACACUGGGUUUCUAACCCAGUCUUUCACACAAAACUCAAAACUAACAUUUUUUUUUCUCAUAAGAGCUUUGGAAAGAAGUAUUGGAUAAGCUGGGGCCUUACAAAUGGGAAUAUAGAUUGAUUUUAGACACAUUCAUGUUGGAAGGGAGAGGACACCACCAUGCUUAUUACUUUUAUGUAGCACAGCCACAAGAUAGUGAACCUUUGUAUCCGUCAGAGCAUUAUGCACAUCCUGGUAUCAUUAUGCCAAGAUGUAAGACCCCAAGUCUAAUAUUUCUGUAUCUACAUUGUAUAUUGCUAUAGCUACGAUAGUAUUGAGUAUUGAGUAUGAAAUAAAAAAAAGU